UGCCUGUGGGCCAGAAAAUGAGAAUGGAAAGGGUUAAAAACUCUGAAAAGGGCCUACAAGGCCUCGGGGCUUUGAGCCCCAUUUUAGCGACAAGCGUCCUCGUCGCCAACGCAGCCCUGAAUUCCCGCUAGCCGCUUUCUCCCGGGGCCGUGGAGCACGCCGCUUUCACGACAGUUCACCUUCUUUACGGCACCCACGUGUGUUUUUUUCUUUCUGGGAUGUAUAUGAAAGCUGCUGCUGGAGUGUGGGUUGGAAGCUGAAUAUGGCAGUUCGAUUCCUUUGGAAGACAAUGGCCAUUGUGGAGAGGCACAGGACUUGUUUUCUGGCAAUUUCCUGUGCUGGACUUUUUGGUGCUAACCUGACUUUUCACAUCUUACCUGACAAGACAGUCAAACCAUUGUAUCAGGCUUGGGCCAAGGGGAAACCAAUGGAGCUUUCAGAAGAAUUACAGAUCCUCUUCAAUGACACCCUCAGUGAUGUCAGAGUGAAGUCGGCAAACAAUUUUCAAGCCUUUGUGGCCUUCAGCUUCCAUCCGGUGAGCGCUGGACUUCCAUGGCUACCUGCAGGCUGUGUUGUGGGCAUCCCUGCCAAUUUCAUUGGUGCAACCAAUGAUGAUGAUAGGAUUAGCAAUCACAUUGUCAUGGUUGAAGGCAAAAAAGUGGAUUGGGAAAGCACAGAAGGCCUGGCUUUGCAGGAAGCCCUGACACUUUCUCCAGAGGCUCAAAAGUUUGCCAUUGCAAGAGAGCUCAUGUACUUGCAAAGCAAUAGCUCCUUUGUAUGUGCCGUUGUUGCCCCCAUUUGUCUAGCUGGGACUUACAUCUCAGGGAUAGCCAUAAAGCAGCUCUUGGGCUUGUAUUCUGGUCCAGUGCUCUUACGAGGUCUUUACAACAUAGCUGUUGUGGUGAUUGGAUUUGUGGGCUAUUGCCUCUCGUAUGAUACUCUGAGUCGGGCAAUUGAUUAUAGGACAGACAGAAAUACAGCUUCCGUUUCCACCAGCUUUGCCAGAGGUGGGGUGGAGUUCUAUAAUAAAAUCCUGUCCCAGAACAAGACUCUUCGUACACUCAUGGGCAAACGAGGAGACCAGAUAUAUGCCCCAAGUGGUAAUCUUUUCCCAAGAUGCUCAUUCAGAUUAAAACAUGUGCCAUACACUUCCAGAAGAGACUUGAUUAUCAAUAUUUUAAGCAUGCCACAGGCAAAGGGGUGAGGGCAUGAUUUAAUUUUAAGCUUGUAAAUUAUGCAUUCUCUUUGGAACACUGCAGCAAUUCCAUUUUGGGGAAGAAAUGACUUUAUUUUAUUUUUCUUUCUUUAUUCAUUUGAUGCCUGUCUGAAAAAAAUUAAAGACACGUCAAAGGUU